AUGAGUACCUCACGAAAAGAACUGAGGAGCGCACUCGUGCAUGAGGGAGACCUCAUGUGCUGCACCGUAAGCGGCGAGCUGUUAGCGAAUGCUACUAAAGUCACGUUGGAUAUCGGCAGGAUGUUCAUCAAGAAAACGGAAGAGUCAAGGAAAGCGGCGAACAGCGGACAGAGAUUUGAUAAUUGCACACAUUGGCGCUACAAAGCACCUGAAAUCACGGAGGUGGCUUCCCGACGCAGCAAAGCAGCUGAACCAAUUUCACAAGCACAACGCUGUUCUGUAUGGUCGCACGUAGAAUCUGAUUCUCACUCGUUCCAAUGGCAGCUGCGGUUGGCUCAGAUCGACCGAAGUUCCACGCAAGCGUUUCUCGUCAUUCGCUGUCGCCUUCACUCGUUUCCUCCAUGUCAAGCUAGCGUUUCCAGCCAGCGAGUACAGUCAGUUCGUGAUCCGAAGCUUGUGGUCAACCCCGCUCCACUACCACCAGUCGGUUUAGCCGGCUUAAACGAAACGGUGACCCUGUUAUCGUAA